AUGGCGGACGCCGCCGCCGAUCUGCGCCGGAGGAUUAAGGAGAAGCGCGCCGCCAUCGGGCGCCGGAUCACCGACUCCCGGGACCGCGCCGCCGCCGCCUCCUCCGCCUUCAACGCCGCUCUCCUCGUGGCGCGCUCCAUCGCCAACCAGACCGUCUCCAACCGAGGCAUAUCAACCUCUUCGCCCCCACUUCUACUACUCGCCUCAAAACUCAGCGAACAAAAACAACACCUCCGGAAAUUAGAAUCAGAUCUAGCACAGGCCCUCUUCGUCCAAACAAGCAGAAGGUCAAAACAUAAGCGCAUGACUGAGUCGAUUUCAAACACCACUUCAACAAAUGAGCAGCUCAGACGCUUGGUUAUGGACCGUAGGGCUACAAGAGAUGAAUGCACGAAUGCCAUAUCAAAUCAAAUCAAAGCUAUUGAAUCCCUUGAAGCUGAGAGUGACACAGAUGGGGAUAAGAACCUAGAGAAUGCUCUUAUGUGGUACAAUAAGUUUCUUGGUUUUCAAGUUGUUGGAGGAGAAGGGGUGAAAUUUGUGUUCAACAAAAUUGAUGUGCAAAGUCCUGACAAGGAGUAUUCUUUUUGCGUAAAGCUUGUUGAAGAAAGAUACAUCUUAGUCCGGUGUGUUCCCUUUGUGGAUGGCACUGAAGAAUUGAUGAAGGAUCUUAACUGCAACAAUGAUCUGUACAAAUUUGUGAGGGUCAUGAGAAACAGGUUCCAGGCUGCUACAAUCAGUGGAAAUCUGUUGUCAAGCUCCUUUUGCCCUGACGUAUUAUCCAUAACAUCUUCAUCAUUCUCAGCGUUAUCACUGGAUUCCAGAAGUGAAAAUAGCAUUGAUCGAAGUCAUACACAAGGUCAGUCAAAGAAUCAGGAAUUUCCACUUAAAGGGCUAGCAAAAUCCUCCGAUCAUACCAUGCUAAUCGUGCUCUUACAUGUUGAAAUGGCUUACAUAUUUGCCAGACAACAAUGUCUGAAGGGUCCACAAAAAUAA